AUGGAGUACGCGCAACAAUUAUUGGGUACCGGUCGAGAGAUGGAAGAAGAGAUGACACAAGUACUGCAUUUUCUAGAAACAUCCAUGAUUACGCCACCAUCUGGUAGUGAUGUAAUAACACCACAACAACCAACACUAGAGCAGCAAUGUAAAGUAGCAGCACUACAGGAGAAUAACGGUGAAAAGUAUGAAGAAUUGGGUGAAGUUAUUGACUUACUGGGAUCACUUGAUGCUAGUGAUACGACACUACAGCAGCAACAAUUACAACAGUCACAAGUACAAGAUGUUGACUAUACGACCGAUGUUGAUGCAAAAGUAAUUGGUAAUGGAGAAGUAUCAUCACACAAUGCAAUUGAAUCGUCACAAAUAACUCGAUCGUCUACAACAAUGAGCACUAAUUACACUGGAGUAGACACCAUUUCACCCGUAGGACUGCUAAGUGGUCCAUCCAUGUCACCCGCUACGAUUAAUUGGUUGCAAACACUUGUGCCUUCUAUAAGCUCGGAAAGUCUUACGGGUCUCAUAUCGCCGGCUACGUUUUGUAGUGCUGGAGAGGGAUCAGCGUCUGGUGGAAUUCUAGGGACUGUCGGUAUUGCUGGAAGUGGACAAGUAGAUGGAGCUACUGCAAGAAGAAGUGGAAAUCUAUCUCGGACGCCGUCGUGUGAGAUUAUCGACUGGAAGGCGUACAACGAGUCGUGUUCCGACAAAAAGCAAAAGGAACCAGUAACUUGGCGUGUCAUCCCUCAGCAUGGACCGCAUGCUGAUCAAGCAACAAUCUCUAGCGCUGGCCAUUCAAUGAGUGCCAAGCUCCCACCUGGCAAAACGGUAUCAUCGGAGUUAAGCAUGCAUAAGCAAAUGCAGAGGAAAAUGGCUGAAGAAAAGAGCAAGCGAAAGGCGCUUGUGUCUCCAGAGUAUGUUCAGUAUGGUUGCCCAGUUUCGAUUCUUGCUUCUACAACAUCGCGAAGUCCCGCCGACAGCGUCAAAAUGAAUCAUGGUCCGGUACAUUACGCAAGGAAGGUUCCAGAACCUACAGGGCGUCGUCCAUUCAAAAAAUCUCUGCAUAAAGCAGCGCCUACUGUUAAAUCAAGCUCAAAGCAGCAGCAACAGGAGGAGCAGCAACAGCAACAGGAGCAGCAGGAGCAACAGCAACAGGAGCAGCAGAAACAGCAACAAGAAACAGCAACAGCAACAGGAGCAGCUUCAGCAGCAACAACAGCAACAGCAGGAUAUGACAACGACCUCGUUAAACGCGUCGGAGGUCUGGUGUGUGGCACUCAGUGCAAGUGUGUAAGCUGCGCGAAUCCAUUCGUGCCGAUGGCACGCGAAGGUAUUGACGUCCAGUUGAUGGUGCGUGACAUGUGUUUGAUGCAACACCUGUCCAAGAUCAAGGAUAUGCAAGAGCUGCUGGACUCAACCGUCAGUUAUGAGUGCUGUGACGGAGGUGGUGGUGUUGUACAAGUAAAGCAUUCUUUGGAAACCGGGUUCGCUUGCCCGCAUUGCGGUGCUUGUUUUACAUACUCGUGGUGCAACAAUCGGCUAUGUCCAGACGCUAAGAAACCGCGACGCCAUUGUGCCAAGUGUCGCCGGUGUGGCGACCACCGCAAUCAGCAUUGUGACCUUUGCAAUCACUGUUACUUUGCUGGCGUAGCUAAUAGCUUUUGCUGCAGUUGUCAGUCCUCUGGAAGUGGUAGUGGUAAGACACGAGCGGUGGUGCCGAAUCCAGUGUGCCGAGAUUCUGAUAUCACCGCAAAUUAUGAGAACGGAGAAAAGCAAAUUGGUCCACAACCUGUUGCUUCCGUUAAUCUGGAUGUCGAAGGGGCUGCAUGUGAUGAAAACUUUGGUGCUACAGCAAAACUUGGCACAGAUGACGACUCAUGCAAACUCCAGUAA